UUUAAAAAAAGCACACUCACAAUGCCGUGCUUCAUGCGAGAGAAGAGCCUUUCUUUCCGUCCUCGGCGGGAUAAGGUAAACGAUAGAGAUGCGAUGGCACCAAAACCAGUUCGUCCGCGUGCUAUUCGAUACCAUGGACUCUUUGGCAUGUCCAUUGCUAGUCAACAUCUGAUUGUUGACGAGAAGUGGACUCCCGACUCCCUUGUAGAGCAAUAUAGUGGCUUCACAGAUUUACUGAGUCGUCGCGUAAUCUACAAGCGACAUGAGACGAAGGCGAAUCGUAGGCUACUUUUAAAGCAGAGUAAGCGCUUGAAGAUGCAGUGCUCUGAUGGACGCAUCAAGCUGCAAAAGAUCUCGUCUGGCAACAAUUCGCACACGAUUCGGAACUUUUUGAUCAAUCAUAGAGACAUGCAACGUCUCUACCAAAGGAUGCCCAUUUAUCAGGUUGUGGACAAUAUCAAUCAACGCACUUUUAUAUUGCGAAAGGAGCGAGAUCGUCUAGAAUUUCGUUUGAAUCAACGCAAGCAUGAAUAUAGGGAAUUAUUGCUUGAUCGCGCCGAGGUGGAAAAUCGCAUUAAAUACGCAAAUGAGUUUCAACGAGAGGAAGAAUUGAAAUCCCGUGUGCUACUCAAGAAAAUUGAAAACUCAAAUGUGCGUCUGAAGGCCAUCACAACCAUCAAUACGACAUAUAAGAAAAUAAUACAAGUUCUUUUACAAGAUGAAAUAUUUUAUGAACCUAUUUUACGCUCUCUCGACGAUGAUAUGGAGGAUCAGGCGAAUUUUAUUAAAAACAUACUCUAUAUGGGCCUACCAGCUAUUGCGAAGUUCAAGGAACUCAACAUCGAGUAUCGGCAGCUGGAGUAUAAGUCUCGUAAAAAUCUUCAAUCAAAGAUGCAGAUGCUGAGCUCGCUUUUAAAGCGUCAUACUCCAUCGGUACCGGUACAUAAAGCCAAAGAGGAGUUAACGGCAAGCGCUGAUCCAAGGCGUUAUGUGCGUGAGACAAAAAGCAUGACGGUACUCAAAGUGGAGCUGCAGUCCAUUGAAAAAACAAUCAAGGAGUUGAAGUUGGUGACAUUAUGUUCACAGGCCCGGGAAAUUUUUCCAAAUGUAAGAACCCAGAUGGAAAACAAUAAAAAACUAGAUCGCUUGAUUCAACUCAAGUUUUUAAAACGAAGUGAUCUUGAGACUAAAAUGAAAUGCACCUCGAUGCUCCAAAAUGUGCUAGUGAACAAUCUUUCAGAGGAAGAAAUUAAUCGACUGGAGCGCAUAAGCGACUUAAAGAAAAUCUUGGAGGCUGACGAGAAGUUUGAGAAGGAAACUCUGGAGCAUAUAAGAAAUCGUGCAGGUGCUUAUGUCACAUUUCGCUUAUGCCUUUGGAAUCUUGUCGAGAUUCUGCGGCAUGUAGAUCGUCAGCCCAGAACGUUUCGAACUCAAUAUCCGAACUCAUAUCUUAAGUUGCCAUUGCUAAAAUUCGAGAUGCUCGAUAUCAUUGCCGCUCCACCAGAGUUAUACGAGGAGGACCUUGAGAAGGUAAUGUUGUUGCUGAAGCGUAAGCUAUACAAGCUGAUGAAAGCUUAUAAGCCAGAUAUGAAUUCUUCUAUUGCGCAAAGCAAGGACAAGUAUCAUAAUCUAUUUCUGGUUAGCCACAAAGGUCGCUCCGCUGAUGACAAUGAUCGGAUGUCAAUGGUUGCCGAGGAUGAUCUUCUGCAGUCUAACAAGAUGACGAAUGUACCGAAUCGGAAGCAGAUCAAGGCUCUGAGUGCCCGACUUAUGGAGGUUGCCGCAAAACGAGAUGAAGCGAACUAGUGUUUUGUGUAAUAUUAUUCUAUACUUUAAUACACAAUACAUUGAAUACAAAAUAAAUGAUAAUAUAAUAUA